AUGGUGUCGGACGGUGGAACUUCGUCGAAUCCCUGUUCGGAUACGUACUCGGGACCCCAUGCAGAAUCAGAAAUAGAAGUCAAAACAUUAUCGCUGUACCUUCUGACCAUUUCUGGCAAGGUGACGAUCUACUUAUCGCUUCACUCGGCGGGACAAUUAGUAAUAGUUCCGUUUGGUUACACCAAUGCCCCACGACCGACCAACGACGCUCAUCUGAGGCAAAUCGGAAGACGUGGAAUCGUCGAUGCCUACGAUAAACACCAAACGCCGUAUCGCAUGGGAACUCCACCAGAAGUUUUGUAUACAGUAUCCGGAUCGUCUCAAGACUGGGCCUAUGGGGUGGCAGAAAUUCCCCUCGCAUACACAUUCGAGCUUAGACCACAAGGAGGAGGUCUCCGAUUCAUUUUAGCAGCUGAUCAGAUCGUGCCAACGGCUGAAGAGAUCCUGGCAGUAUUCGUCGGCAUGGUUGAUGAAGCACAAGUACUGGGUUACUUUUCAACAGAGUGA